AUGGAUAUACAACCGUUAGAGACGUCUCCGACGAAUACUUCGAUGGCGACUUCAGCAGUCUCUGCUACUACCACAGAUUCUGCAUUGAUGGCGCAAUCGACAGUUUCGGGAGAUACAACAACUAAUACAGCUUCCGGUAGAGCCACAACACCUCCCAAUAGCAAUGCAGAUAGACCCGUAACGCCACGCAGAUCAAGUUCUGACAGGCCGAUCACUCCGCCUAGGACAAGUUCCGACAGACCGAUCACACCGCCUAGGGCAAGUAAAGAUAGACCUGUAACACCACCGAGUGCAACUACAGAUAGACUUGCAACGACGCGCAGUGCUACUCCCAAAGAAAAAUCGACAAAACGAAAUCCAAUGGCUGGUUAUCAAGAUAUGCCGUUGGUUUCGUUAGAAGAAGCAACAGAAGCGCUUGUUCCAUUAGUUUCCAAUCUGAAAACGUUUGUCGAAACUGCAAAAAAAGAUUGCAAAAAAGAUUUAUAUGGUUUAACGAUUGAUGAAUCAGCGGCUAUUUAUCUGUAUACCAUGGCGACACCUUUUGUCUAUUUUAUCAAUGAAGCUUUUCAAAGAGAAACACGUGCGGCUUUAAAACCAUGGCUGUCGUAUUUGAAACUUUUCGUCACUGCUGUUGAGAAAUUGCCGUCAUCAAAAAAAACCCUUUGGCGAGGUCUGUCAAGUACUGAUGUUGUCUCCUAUCCAACAGAAGAUAUUUGCACAUGGUGGCACAUAACCUCGUGUUCGACAAAUGUUAAAAUGACUCAAUAUUGUGUAGUACAAGACGUCGCAACCGUAUUGGCUAUUAACGCGACCAAUGCGAAGGACAUUUCGAAAUUGUCAGCAUUUCCAGAUGAAGAAGAAGUCGUUCUCUUACCUGGCACAAAACUCCACAUUGUCGGUGACCCAUUCUUCUUUCAAAAUGCUUUUUCUAUCAUACAUCUCGAAGAACGUGAUACAAUAUCUACUCAAUAA